AUGAAGCCUGCCUGGGCUACGGCCGUGGAGCAGGCAUUGAAGAAAGAUGCUCCGGCAUUGGAGAGAUGGACGGAGAUCGAAACUAUCCUGCAGGAGAGCAGGAAGUGCUACAGGCAGGUGCUGCGGCCGGGUCAAGUCCUGGUGCACCCGUCGAAUCGCUCAGGGUUAGGAUUGAAUGGAGCCCAAGUUCACAAGACAGGGGCCCAAGUGCAAUCUGUAGGCUUCAGCUCCAUGGAGCUGAAGCGAAGUGUUUGCAUGGAAAUAUCCACGGAUAGAGCUCUGAGCCAAAAGGCCUUUAGUUUCAACAAGCGGCAAGUGGAUAUGAAUGGAGGGCUGCUAGCUGAGGUGCGAGGCGAUGAGCGAUACAUGUCGUUAGCAUGCAGUCACUUUACGGCAUUUUGCCGUGCCUGCAUUGCAGCAUGUCCCUCGGACCAAGAGACGGUGUCGGACAACGGCAAGCUCACGUUGCAGCGAUUGUCUACGGACUUUCGGCAGGCCGUGGAUAAUGGAUGGGAGUGGCUGGUGCUGUCAGCGGAAGUUGAUGCAGUACUGCCCUCGCUGGCCUCCUUCGUUCAGGAAGUCAUGAAUGCAGCCCAAGGAGUUGCAAGAACGGCAGGCGAGCUGGAGCUCGCCAUGGCGAUGGUGACCCGAGCAAAGUUGCUGGCAGAGCAAGGUUUGUGCAUCGACUGGGAUAUAUGGGGCAAGCAAAAGAUUGGGAGAGGAAUUCAUGUCCACGGGCAGGAGCGAUCGCAUGCUUUCGCAAGGGCUGCGAUGAUCGCGACGAACCUGACAGCCACAAAAGUGGUAGACGGUGUGGCUCGGCUGCUGAGCAAGAGCGAUGUCAGCAGGCUCUGUGCGAAAGGCAUGGAAGAUGCUGUAAAGGAUUGGGAGGAGCUUCUUGCUCGUGCCUGGGCUCACACUCAGAAUGUGACGGAUGCAAGUGCACGUGCCAAGGCAGUUGAGUGCUUCGGUCGCCUGAUGGUUCGCAGCACCCUCUUCAUGUGCAAGAAAGAGAAGUCGGGGCAAGAAGGCCUUGAGCACGGGUCAUUGGCCAAUUUGCUGACUUUGUACGAACACGAGAUGGGUGGCAAGAGUGCCGGUGCAACACCGGCUGCUGCUACAAAAGAUGGGCCGUCUGAUGCGGCCCCUGCGACCUUGGAGAACAUGCAGGACCCGGCCUUCCUGAUGAAGCUGCAAGGCUUCGCAGAGGGGAACCUGUACAAAGGCAAGCAGAAGUAUCAGGACAUCUGGCCUUGGAAGCUGGAGAAAAUCGGCCAGAGCCACGGCUCUUUCUCGCUGUCUUGCCCAGUGAGCUGGGACAAGAAGGUCGAGGUGCCUCUGAGCGAGCUCAAGAAAUUUUUCGAUCUGUAUAGCGGAGAUGCACCCGAAGUGGUGUCUGACUCUGUGGACCGACUGCCCCAUAAUACGGAGGCUUGCAGCCAAGAGAGACUCCGAGGAGAGUUCUUCGAGCUCUGCUGCGAGUAUUUCCUGAAGUACUCGCACUGUGAAGAGGAGUUGACCUUUUUGAAGAAUCCCACGUGCUGUCUGUUGGAGGGCAAAGCCAAGACAGGCAAGCUGACGAUCUUCCCCUUCACGGAUCAGAUUUCAAAGGUUGGCUUAAAGCCGGCAGCUGGCAGUGUGGAGGUUUGGCAUUCGGCCUCGGGCACAAGCUUGUAUAUUUCACCCCCGGCUGCAGCCGGAAGUUUGCUAUCUGCCUUCUGGCAGAUCCCGGUCGGCUCAGAGCCGAAUCUGGCGACAGUCCUUCUGAACGAGAAGGGCUGGAAGAUUCCCAUUUUGAAGAACACUGCUUCGCUGAAGGAGUGCAUCCUGUACAGGCCGAAGCCUGCCGAAAGUUUGAGGGCCUCGGCCCAAGAGCUGGAUCAAGGAUCCGCUGCCUCGCGAAAGCGAAAGGCUUCUUGA